CAAUUUUUUGUCUUAAAAGAGCCUUCUCGUUGAUCACUCGAAAUUCGAACAUGAGUACUCCUGUUUCAAUGACAUCUUUGGAUCCAAGCGUGAUUAAAUCAACCAAUGACGAUUCAAGUUCGUCCGAUGUCAACGACAUAGAUGUUGUUAUGCCAACAGACGAAACAGCGGCGCCAAAAGGAGAUCAGAGAGUUGAAAACGAGGGAUUAGCGCUCUGGCAUGCGAGGCGGAAAGCUUGGACUCAACCAACGGCAAACGCAAGAAGAUCUGCAUAUUUGCUUCCACAAGAGCUACAAUCCAUACAAAAAAUGCACACUAUCUAUGAUUCUCUCAUAUACCAGCGUCGAAAAUUUGCCAGGCCGUUACCUUUACCUGCCGUGAUUGAUAUUAUUGUUUGCGGAUGGAAACGCGACGGUACUUGGCCGCAAGGAAUGGAAGCACCUAAAGAUUCUAAUUAAAAAAAAUAACACAAUAGCUCUUCCUCCUGUGUACAAUCUUACACAUCAUGUACCAUAUUCACUCACUCGAUAACCGCUAUCAGCCUCGCAAUAGUACACUGUAUCAAUACUAAAUGUACCAUUAUAACCAUAACUCUAUACAAUCUCAAUUAAGAAUAACUGGUCAGGACAUGCAGCUGGUG